CCCUUUGCUUAUUCUAUCACUAACGAGUGUUGAAUCUUUCACUAGCCAUGACGAAGAGGACUAGUAAAGGGCGUCAAAAGAUUACCAUGGCCAAAAUGCAGAACGAGAGCAACCUUCAAGUAACCUUCUCCAAGAGAAGAAUCGGGUUAUUCAAGAAAUCAAGUGAACUUACCACACUCUGUGGGGCUGAGAUGUUGCUCAUUGUCUUCUCUCCGGCUGAGAAGGUGUUCUCUUUUGGUCACCCCAAUGUGGAUGAGAUAGCUAAUAGGUUCUUAAAUAUUCAUGACUCCUCAUCUUCAACGAAGCUUUCCAAUGAAACACAAGUCACACAACUGAAAGUGGCUCAACCGGUGUCUCAUAUCAGCGAACUGAAUGCUCGAAUCAUGGAGGUUCAAGAGUUGCUGAAGAUUGAGAAGCAACGUGGAGAAGUGGUGGCUCAAGCCUUGAAAGCAGGGAGAGAACAAAAUUGGUGGCAGAGAUCAAUUGAAGAGAUGAAUUAUCAACAACUCGAACUUUUCAAAGGAUCUUUGACGAAUGUGAAGAACAUUGUGGAUCAAAAGAUGUAUGAGGCUUCCAAAUCGUUGCAUUUGGGUGCGACUACUAGCUUAAACAAUGGUGGUGAAAGUAGUUCAAAUGGGAGCAAUGCUAGUGCUAAGGCCACAGGUUUCAAUUUCAAGCUAUAA